GCAAACCUGUGGAUUAAGGAACAAGCUUUAAAAGUGGCUCCACAUCCCCCUGCUACCUCCUUUCUUUUGUCCUCGUCCUUUCUCUGCUGCUGGAACUGCAACAAACACUAACCGGGCACAAUGAACCAGAAGGUGGUACUCAUCACGGGCUGCUCCUCCGGCAUCGGCCUCGCUUUGGCCGCCCGCAUCGCAAAAGAUGAGAAGAAGAGAUUCAUGGUCUAUGCCACCAUGAGGAACCAGAAGGGCGAGGCGCUGGUUGAGGCAGCAGGUCGGACUCUGGGCAGGACUCUGGAGAUCAAGCAGCUGGACGUUUGUGAUGAAGCCUCCAUCAAAGCCUGCGUGGACAGUCUUCCUGAGCGCAGGGUGGACAUCCUCAUAAGUAACGCGGGAUGGGUCUGAUUGGACCCAUCGAGUGUCCAGUCUAUUGAUGAGAUGAAGACUGUCAUGGACACCAACUUCUUUGGGCUUGUGCGACUGCUGAAGGAACUCCUACCUGACAUGAAGCGAAGGAAGGGACAUGUUGUGGUCAUCAGCAGUGUCAUGGGCAUUCAGGGUGAGAACCUCUACAUUGGUCAAUCAGGACAAUGUUUGUCUGUGAUGCUGUGUCUUAACAGUGUCUUUCUCUGUUUCAGGAAUUUAUUCAAUGAUGUCUAUGCAGCAUCCAAGUUUGCAGUGGAAGGCUUUUGUGAGAGCUUAGCAGUACAAGCUCUCAGGUUUAAUCUGAAGUAAGAUACUGACUCUAUUAUGCUGCAAAACCAGGUCCCAGUAAUAACAGAGUUUGAGCGGAAGGUUUAUGAAGAAGGCCUGAAGACUGACCUGAGCAAAGCUGACAAAGUGACGGCCGACAUGUUCACCAACAUCUACUUAAAGAACUACAAACAAAUCUUUGAAACCCUUGGCCAGACACCUGAAGACAUAGCAGAGCAUACUUUCAAGAUCAUCACCAUGGAGGAUCCUCCUUUCCGUCAUCAGACAACACUCUUACACCCCAUGACAACACUCAAGUAUGCCGACCCCAACGGCGACCUUCCAAUUGACACAUUUUACAAAAUGGUGUUCGAACACGACAAAGUCUUCAACGCCAGCCUGAACUUCCUCAAACUGCUGCGCUGGAGAAGUCGAAAGAGUUUUACUUUGGACAAGGACAAGAGUAACUGAGUUGUUGUUUUUGUGGGAUAAAUUUCACUUGCAUAGUCUCUAGAAUUUGUCCUUUUAUUUAUUUUUAGCUGUAAGGUCUUUGUGCUUUAAGCUGAAACAAAUAAAAACAAAAUGAAAAGCCA